GCUAAGGAAGCGAUUAGCGGUUUCGAUAACGAGGCUGGGAGAAAAUAAUGUGGCAUUUUAGAUUUUAACAUCUCUUUGUUAACACAUAUUGAAUCAUUUCUGGGACAAAAUACGAUAAUCACAAAAGUCGUUACCAUGGCAAUGGAAGCAGCCUACCUGAAGAAGCAUGUCGGGGACUGUUUGGUGACUUGUCUCACCGAGGUAGCGGAGAAGCGACCUGCUGAUCCCAUAGAAUACAUCGCACAUUGGCUGUAUAAACAGAUAGAAAACGAGAAACUUCACAAGAAGGAAGGGGAAGAUGCUGAUGAGUUGGAUAAAGAGAAGGAGGUGCAUGAAGUAGAGCUGAAGAGACAGGAAGUGAUGAAGGAGGAGGCCAAGAAGCUCAGCCAGGAGGAAGCAGCCAAGAGGAAGGCGGAGGAGGAAGAACGGGCAAAGGAGGCAGCAUCAGACUCUAAGCUCCCCACACUGGUGGAGAAGGAGGAGCCUGUUGUCACGGAAACACCAGCAGCUCCUGUUGCAGAAGAACCCGAGGCCAAACAGGACGAGGGACAAACAGAGGAGAUGCAAGAAGAGGAGGAGAAGACAGGCGAGGAGACCAAAGGCGAGGAGACAACAGGGCAGGGAGAGACCGAGACCGCAGGGGACACAGAGACCCAGGGAGAGACGGAGACCCAGGGAGAGACCGAGACCCAGGGAGAAGGGGACACCCAGGGAGAGGGAGAGACUACAGGAGAGUCCUAGACAAUGUGUUAAGGUGUGAAUAUGUGUGUAAACUGUGCAAGUUGUAUAUAAUGUGUCCAGUCAUUAUUGUAUGUGUGUGGUGUGAACUGUUAAGGCUGAUAAUCAAAUCUUUUAGAUAUAGGUCAUCAUAUUUAUUGAUUUUAGUUAUUUUGAAAAUCAUCAGAUUUAAAAGAUACCAUUAUCUCAAAUUGACAAAUAGUAUUUCAUCUUUGUGUCAUUUACUAUUUUUAAUGCACAGUUUAUUCAAAUGCAAAUUUCAGUGUCAUAAUAACCUUUUUUUUAAAUAUAAUUUCUGUCCAGUCCAAUGUUGAAAACUUUGUCAAAAGCAUGAAAUUGUACACAUAGACAUAUAUGGUGCUUCCAAUGUCGACAACACAAUCUGCUGAAGUGGGUUAAUAUAUUAACCAUGUUCUAAGAUUCAGGGUACUAGUCUGCUAACAAAUACUGAUAUCUUUGUAUUUGUGUUUUAAAGCUAAUCAAAUUCGGAUACAUAUCAAAUCCAAACAUUCCCAGAGCAGGAGUUUCCUGCAUGUUUCUGUCCUAACAUUCCUAUCUUGUAUGUCAACAUUCUCUUGUCUGUCCAGUACAUCAAGUUAUUUAUUUCAUUCUGUGAUUGUGCUGCUGUUAAUAUAUUUAUGUCACUUUAGACAGGGAAACUUAAACUGGAAUUUUAUAAUUUACAUUUGUAGGUCAUAUUCAUGACAGUAAAGUUAAACCUCGUUAAUCUGUAACUUGUUAAUCUGAAAAUGUACUUUCCAGACAACCUGGGUUAGAAUCAUUAUUCAUAUACAAGUUACUUUUCUCUGUACCAAUGCUUCAUUAAUCUGAAUGAUUUCAUUUGGAACAGCACCAUUCUGAUUAGUGAGAUGUCAUGGAAUUCCAUCUAUUGAUGAAGUGACUAUGUAAUUACUGUCUCAUGGGAAAAACUGAUGUUAUCUCAAAGAGUCUCAAGUGUUGGUACUUUGUACAGGAAUGCUAAUUUAGGGAAUUUGGGAACAUUUUAUCAAGUACGUCUAUGCAGUGAGGAUUUUAAGAUUUGUAAUAUACAUGUAUUUCAUGAUGGUGCAUUGUAACGUCAAAACAAUCAUUUUAUUAACUGUGAACAAUUGGAAUUCUCAGACAUUCUGAAUAUAUCAUUUAUUUGCCUUGCUGGUACAAUUAUUUAUUUGAAAAAAUAAAUGAUCAUAAAAAUGA